AUGGCAACCCGACUCCCAGCGAAACCUCCUCCCCCCGCCAUCUUUCCCAAACUCCUUCCUCUCCUCAUAUCUCGGCUGACCACCCAGCCCGUGGAUAUCGCCCUGAUUCCAUCCAUCGAAACUGCUUUCUACAUCUUGCGAGUCCUGACUCUGUACCCCGACGUCGUCCAGGGUGUCCCGUCAGCGUCAGCCAAGAGUCUCGUACCGCUUCAGAAGCUCUUGGAAAUAUCUACGUCUCAUCCAUCGUCCAUCAAACCACCACUGGUGCUAGACGCCAUCAUCGCCUACCCCAUACACUCUCCUGUCGUCAGGCAAGUGGUGUCCAACGUUAUUGCCAACUCGCCGGACGUGAUCGAAGUGUACCGCAUCGAUGUCUUGCCCGACCUCGUCGACCGAUGCCGUAAGGGCUCCCAGAAGCAAGUGCUUCUCGCUGUCAACCUGCUACUCGGGAUCAUGAGGGUGCACGAUGAGCUCCUCGCUCUCAUUCUGGAGGCAUCGGAGGACAUCUUGAAAGGCUUGUCGGUGGCUUAUGCGAAGCUCGCAGAAGACUCUCAAGGUGUUGUCCCAGACGAGGCUAUCUUUUCUGGACGAGAUGACAUUCUCGUCAUCUGCCGGGAGCUGCUGGUGCGAGUCGGGCUGGAAGGGUCAGCGAGCGAGGCCAUGUUCCGAUUCAUGGACGGCGGGCAAGGAGGGAUGGAAGCGGUUCUUGAGGGUCGAAGCUUGAGAAAAGACUGUGAAAAGUUCGUCUCCAAGGAUCAGGGCGCGUUCAACCCAUCCUCAUGGGUGGUCGCGAGCCUGAACAGGAGACGGGACGAACUUGCCAAGAAGGACGCCCGGGUUGCCAGCAUCCUCGCGCUUUUCCCCACUAUCCCAGCCCAUCUCCUCCUCGCCGCUCUAUCCCAUCCUCAGUUUUCCUCUAUCCCAUCGGGAUCCCGAACAUCUCCUGGCGAAUUGGCAGAGCCCUUGCUGGAAUGUCUUUUGAACGGCGGUCAAGGGUUACCGGCAGAGCUGUCCCAUUUGAAGGAACUCGCUAGCAAGCUUGGGUAUCUCCAAGCCAGCGCCGAUGCCCCAGAGGAAGUGCCACAACCCAAGAAGAAGUUUGAAAGGCGGAACAUCUUUAGUGCUGAGGAUUUGGACAUGUCGCGGUUGCGUAUCAAGAAUGACGAGACUGCUCUGCCUGAGCUACAAUCCACUAUCCCCUCACACCUCCGCGACUCUAUCCAACGCCUUAUCGCCCUACAAAUAGACGAGGAGGAAGAACGCCGCCAAGCCUUGGCCGGUGCCAACCUCUUGCCCUCUGACGACGAGUCCGACCUGGACGAAUCUGGCGAGAUUCCUCUCCGCGUCAAGGUUUCCGGGGGCGACUCUGAAGACACUGCCCCCAUCGAUUCGGACGGAGAUGCCGUCAAGGUCAAGCAGCAGAAGCAAAGUGGCAAUAGGCUGCCGGAUAGAGAGGUGCAUAUGGUAUUGAGGGGAUUGUAUCUGGAUGAUCCGGGGCUGUUUGAUAGAGAUGGAGCGACGAGGAGGAGCGAUCAGAGGAAUAAGCUGAAAGAGAGGACUGGGUGGGAUGAUGGGCAGAUUGAGGGAUGGAAGGUCAUGCUCGAGCGAGACCCCAACAAGGAUACAAUCCUCGAAGCACACCGAGAUAGCGUAGGCAGAAACUUCAGAGCUCCAUCACCCACACUAUCGACAACCUCCAACCAGACGCAAGGCAGCAAUCGCGGUAGAAGACCAAACAAGGGAAACAGGGGGCAUUCCAACGCGGCGAGAACGAGGGGUCAUGAUCGCAAGAUGCGACAGAUGGGGGCCUAA